AUGACAGUUGAGGAGAUUUCCUUCGCUCUUCGGGCGGAUGUGGCCGCCCUGAGGUUUCUUCUUGUGGGUUUGCAGGGUUCUGCUAGUGAUGCGUGCCAUGUGUUUGACAACAUGGAGAGACGUCUCAGAAGCAGCAAAAUUGCUCUUUUUUCCGCCCAUGAGACAGUUCCUCUUCUGGAAUGUGUUCUAUCAAAUGAAGAGAGUGGGCUACUGCGCGUUUUGAACGAUUAUUGUGAGAAGAUGCGGUUUUCCGGAACGGACGCGCGGGAUGCGAGAGUGCUAAAAAGGGCGAUGUCUUUUCUCAAUCUUUUUUUUGAGUCCUUUCAGGAGAGCGUCACUAUUCCGCAGGUGGAGGAGAUACACAGCACCGUGUGGCACACAUUUAUGCUGUUGCAUCGUUUGAGCAAACACGUGGAGGUACAAGCGGAGUGCUUGGGCGUUGUGAGUGCUCUGCUGAGAAGCUGCGGCCAGCGUCUCUCCCCCGCACGGUUGGAUGUAGCCAAAGUGGUGGAAGUCUGCGUGUUAAUUCUGGAAAGGAAGAUUACCUCAGGGCUGCGGCUUAGGAGCAACGCGAUGCGGCUCCUUGGUUGCAUGUGCGGGGUGUACACCACGUUGAUGUCGCCCCACGCUAUGCGUAUUCUCCAUGCGAUGGUGAGUGUCGGCCAGCAUCUUCUUGCGAGUGAUGAGGUGGAGCAGGUGAUCGGUGAGGGGCUUCUGCUUGCAUUUUCUGACUACAGUGGUGGAUUUUCGCUCGUGUUCAACGGACCCGAUCGCGACACUCUUAUGCUCAUGUACCAUCUAAUCAAGAAGGCCAUAUUGCUUGCGGGCACCUGUCAAAACUACCGCUUCUGCAAGGCGGCACUUGCGCUACUUGGAAAGAGGGCGGAUUUUCUGAAAGAAUGCUUCAUGAAUGAUAUGCAAGAUUGUUUCACGGCACUUAGACAUCUCUGGAGCCACAGAAACGUUGAGGUGCGGCGAGCGACGCAUGCUGCGACCGCAGGUUUUUUUCGGGCACUGGCGCUCUCUUGGAGCGGUGAUAACCAGAGGCAUGAUCUUGCUCCACGGCUGCGAUACAUGCUUCAUGCCUUGGAGGCAACAAUGCGGGACAAACAAGGAAGACAUAGAGACCUCUCAUUUGCCAUCAUGGCUUUUGGAUACAUGGCAAGGCCGCUGGUAAGCUGUUUUGGAGUGGACUAUCUUGCAAUUACUUUUCGUGAAAUGGUGAAAAGGUGUGAGGUACUGUUUACCCUAACGAGCGGGCCUGUUGAAGACGUGGUGCGAUUGUUGCCGUACUUUCUUAGCGCCUUGGCUUCGAUGUUGUUGGAGCUGCCGCCUAUGGGAUCGGAGCUGCCGCAGCUUCUGAAUUUCACUCUCCACACGACACUUUUUCUUUAUCCACGGGGGAUGUGCAGCGAAAAUAUUCGAUCCACGUUUGGAUCCGCGUUAUUGAAACUUCUUACGGCUAUUCGUUAUUGCCACGGGGUGGAGUUCGGCGUCGUCCUCGUGGCGCGGUGGUUGCUCGCGCUGGCGUGUGUUCCCUUUUCUCGUUGGGAUCCUAAAAAGGGCCUACCCACCGCGGUGGAAGACGUCACCAUGCAGAAAAGUUACAUUCUACUCUGGGAAUCGUUGCAGUCACACAGUCAUAGCGUGCUGGACUGGGGGUCACCAUGGAAUCUAUCCAUUUCAGACGCCAUGCUGGAUUCACUGCGGAUGGCGCUGCGUCGCGAGUUGGUGUCGGCGGAGCUGGAAAUGUUGCGGCAGUUUGAUGUUUCGCUGCUGAGCACGGAGGAGGAGGAGGCGAGGGAUGGGGGCGAUACGGAUUUCCACUGGCCUGUCGUUGAUGAAUUGGGGGAGAUGCAGCUUUGCAGCAUGGAAGACCGCAAUGUCUUUCUCCGCUUUACUUCUUUUUUUAUCGGUUCCCUUGACGCGACCUUCAGUGAGGCGAUUGGCUUGGAGGAGGUGGCAGCAGUUCUUGUUGAGUCGCUGGUGUCAUUUGCCACGCGACACACCCACAUCGCUGGCGGCUACACAUGUCUUCACGAGUUACUACAAGCGGGAUGGCGGGCAGGUCUUUCAUUGAGUCACGCGUGGAUUUUUCUGCGUUCGUUUAGCAGGACGUGUCUCCAUUGUCUAACGAUCUACACAGACGGGCUGCAACUUCAGUCUGCCCUCUGCAUGAUCAGCAUGAACCACUUUGGCCUGCUGGAAACCGCGCAGCUAUUGUACCCAAUAGAAGUCGUGAUUCGUCACGCAGACGACACGGCAGCCGUGGCAGACGCACUGGAGGUGCUCGACUGUUGUCUUGAGAAGGAUCGUGCGCUCGUUAUGCCGCCAUUCUGCGCUCUUUUGAGCCAGCUCACCGUGUUCAAUCCUGCGUUUGGCCAACUGCACUCUCUGCUGGUGCGGCACGGCGCCCAGCUGGGAGACGGUGUGCGGCGUGGCGUUAAAGACGAGGUGUUGGAGUGCCGCCAUGGCACCACUCCGGCGUUGCCGUGCCUGCGCCGGCACAUGGACGGCGCGCAAAUUCCGCUGCCAAUGGGAAGUACGACGCUGUUUUUGCCGUUGGGCUCGCUCCUUCCACGUGCCACGAUGCUUUCAUUUCAGGAAAAGGAUUGUCAGUUGCGCCUUGCAGCCUGCGAACUACUGCGCGCCGCGGUGGGCUGGUGUAUAGAGCAUAACGUAGAUGACUUGUACGGUGAGCUUUUUGACACCGUUAUCGUGCUAGCCGGAGCAUCAGCAGCCGGCUCGGGCAUCCAGGUGAUGUUUGGAGCUCUGUUGCAUCAGUGUGCCCGGUGUUUUGCCCUGCGCGGUGGUCGUGGAGCAAAAGUGAUGGAGAACGCCAUCUUUCGGGGCACUGCGGUACCGCAUAAUGCGUCGAUACGGCGUGUCUCUAUUGAGGCGCUUGCAGAGUACGUUCAAUGGAGUCUAAAAUACGAAUUGCGGCUGCAGCUCCUGCAAGAGGAUGGCGCACAAGAAAGCCAAUUGAAAAGUGUCCUACUUUGGGUUUGUCUGACACUCCGAGGACCUUCUGCUUGGCAGCGCCUUGGGGCUGCUGGCGUGCUGGAUCGUCUCUUGCAUUUGCUGCGUUGCGAGCGGGCGGCUUUGCCAUUUGUUGUUCCAUUUACUCGAGCGCUGUUGGCAGCUCUGGCUUCCAUGCGCAUGAAUGAGUGGGAUGGGGGGGAUGAAAGAGAAGGAGAUGGAGGAGGGAGGGCCGCAGUAAGCCUUGCGGGGAAUUUGUGUCGUUGCGUCAGGCGUCUUGAGGUAUAUGUUGUGACUAAUUACGAGCUGCUUGUGGACAUGUGGCAGGACCGAAAUGUUGCGGAGGAAAACGAGGCAGUUCUUCGUGAUAUUCUACUGCACGCAUACCGCGAGGGUCGUCACUCCACCAGUGGGGCCGCAUUGCUGCGGUUGUUUGCUGCCAUCUGUCGCUGCAUGCCGGGCUACACGGAGGGCGACGUUGGGCCGCGACGAUGGCUGUUGACACAUCUCUCUGUCCUGCGUGAUUUCGAUUUACGGGAAACAAUUCCCGGGCGGCGUCUCGAAUGCGGCCUUCAGAUGCAUUAUAUGCUCAUGUCAAAUGCACUGUUUCCGUCCACGCUGAAGCGGGCGCGAACAGAGGACGCCUCGUUGGAUGAGGAGUCAACGUACUUCCGUCGUGUGCUUGAGGAACUGGAUCGUUAUGUCGCCGAGAGUGCUGCCGGCUGCAGUGACAGUGUGUGCAUCUCUGCUCGUGUUCUUUUCAUUGCGCGGCAUCUGGUGCGAGUGCUAAGCGGCGAAGUGGGCACAGUGGCAAGCAAGUUGUUGUUGUUGAAUCGGUCACUGCCGCAAUUUGCGGCGCGUCUGCUGCUUGCGCCCACAUCGCUUGGCAUAACACCAGGGCCCUAUUACGAGGUGCAACGACUCUGUGGACGGGAACUUGUUGCAGCACUUUCUGUGUCAUUGCGGUCUGAUGAGGGCCGUUUCCGCGAAUUGGUUGACUGCCUUCGCGAACAUGUUCCAGCGACGCUUUGGCUAACGCCGCAGCCAAAUUUGUUGGAGUUUUUUCUGUCGGAUCCACAUACGGCAGUGCACACUCUGCGUUGUCUUGCCGUUCUUGUGGAUUUGGGGCUGUGGGCGGAGGUGCUUCUGUUGCCGUCGUUAUCGCAUGUCAUCCAGCGGCGUCUUCUAGAGGGUCUUUUGGAGGCCGUGCGUGAUGAGUGCGUUGUCAACAGUCAAUGGGGCACCAUUUUCUGCCACAUGCUGCUACUUCUACUGCUGUCACCACUACCACCACCGUCUCUUGACGAUGCCAAGGCGAGAAAGGGUGGUGAGAAUGUUACCAAUGUGCCAAAGGGAUUUGGGCUGCGUGAGGUCCUCAGUGCAGUUCAGCGGGACGAGGAGAGAUUUGUCGAUAGGAAGACAUCCCCUGUUUUUCUCGCAGCCAUAUUGCGUGGGGACUGGCGGGACGCUGGCAAGAACGGCGCGACGCUCCGGUAUCUCUUGACAGAACUUUUCCAGGUGUGCGGGGAACUUUUGCAACGAAGUGGCGAGUCAUCACUUCAGAGUGCCCCCUUUGUGGCCCUCCGCGGUUUGUUGCAUGACGUCCACCAAGGGCCCAAGCCGGCAGCAGAGACGUGGGCGCUGGCAAUGAAGAGGGGUGUUGAUGCUCUUAUGCAUAUUGGGCGUGGAGGCUCUCCGGCAGUGUUGGCAUUCUUUCUUGAAGUGCAUCGUUGCUGCUUGCGAGUGGGUGGCAACCAUUUUCUUGCGUGCCACGAAUAUGACAUUCUUGUUGAUAUCAGCGCGGCGGUGGACGGCGAGCGUUGGACCAUGCGUCCACACGCAUUGCUCACGAGUCGCGUGGCGGUGCAUCUGUUUGUUCAAGGCGUAGAUGUCCUUUGCGAUGCGGUCGCUGCCGCCAGCGCGGGGAAUGAGCGGCCAACGCAGCCAUAUGCUACACUCGUAGAGCAGCUGAUGCGUCGUGCUAUUAACGACGAGUUGCCGCUUGACUGGAGAGAAGUGGAUGACGGAAGUAUAAACGGCAUUCACUACGCGUUUGUGGUAAGAGCCCUUAUCCGCAUAGUCAGAUGCACCGCUGCGUUGGAUUCGGCUCUGUUGCUUUCUUUGGUUCCACUGCUUCAUCAAACCGACAUGCCGCAGUACACCGCACUUGUCACGGCGGUCUCAUCGGUUUUGCAGAAGCUCCCGUCGGAGGCUCUCGUGGAGUUGUGCCACAAGUCCCGGGAGUUGCAGCAGCAAUGCGGUCUUCCAUGGGCGGUGUGGUGGGGUCUGACGCAUCGUCUUCUCCUGCCAAGUCUACGCCGUCUGCUGCCGGCGGUGCGUGACAAAUUCUUUCUGCAGCAUGUUGUGGGACUCGUGGAGGAGGCGAGCGCACCACCAUCUGGGGCGGCAACGCUGCAAAGAAAAACACGGGCACUGAUCAUGCUGGAGGCUGUGUUUGAUAUGACGGCAGCAUCAGUUCUUCGAGGCCCUAUAAAUGCCGCUUUCACAGGGAAGAAAGAUGGUAGCAGCGGCAAAGAGCUCAUCAUUGCGCUCAUUAAAGCAUGCUGUGCGGCGCGUGUUUUUGUGCCUCCCGCUACUUUUUCUCCUGAGGCGUUUCAUGAUGCUCUCAAUUACCGGCAGUCGGCUCAUCGCUGCCUCGUGGCCGUUCUCGUUGCUACGCAGGAGCAAGAGAAGGUGUUUACGCGGCUUCUGCUCAACUCUCCAGGCGGUGGGGUAUGGAACCAAAUUGUGGAUACAUCCUUCAAACAUUUUUUUUACGUGGAAACGAAUUUCCCACAUAUGACGGAGUGUACGGCGAAAGAGUGCAGUGACUGGGAGGUGCGUAAAUGUGUCGCGACAUUUCAGAGACUUGCCGAGAGCAACACAGGGAUCUUGAGACAAGGAACAGAGGGUGAAAUGCAAUGCGUUUAUGCCGUUGAAAAUGCGGUUGAUCACACUUUUCUUACCGCGAACUUGCCAUGGCUUAGUCAUGCCCUUGUCAUGCAUGACGAGGGUGACGAUAAACCUCACAAUCGAAAGAGGGAGGAGAAGGAGAAUGGGGCUCCCAGAGUGAAAUUGGACGGUGUAUGGAUUAGUACUUGCUUUGGUGCACUCCUCCGCGUCACGGAUUUUCUCUUGUCUAGGUUUGCUGUGAACCCCGCUGACGGAUGGGUAAAGGAGAUCAUUGGCCUCUUCUCAUCCACAGCCAUACACGUCAAUGUGAGGUUGGUGUUGGCUCGCCUCAUUCAGAUGCGAGCUUCGUCCUUCACGCCAGCUGCCAAUGCACUCCGUGACUCGUUGGUGUCACUUGUAUGCGAGGAGGAAAUGGGGGAAGGUGGGGUUCAUUACGUGGCCCGUGACCUGUUGGAACUGCUGUUCCAUUGGGGCGAGACGGGGGCUAUGAACUUCACGACCGAGGCAGCACGCAAGUUGAUGGUGUUUCUUUUCCGCGGCGCAUCACAUCCCAGUGAGGAUGUGAUGCAACACAACUUGGACCUCGUACGUCGUCUAGUUUCUCUCUUAAAGCCGUUAUCCCCUGUGUGCGACAGGGACCUUCUGCAUGUGCUUCGAGGGCAAUUGCUAGAAUUCAGUUUUGGCAUUCGAAUGUGCGGCCUCCUUAUUGACAAUGGGGUGUUGUUGUCUUCUGUGGCACCAGCAUCCCUGGUGGACCUGUAUCACUCGCUGGUGUCGUGCUUCAACAGGAACAAAAAUAUCGCCAAAGUUGAAGUGGAAGAAUUGCUUGUGGUUGCAGAUGUGGUUGGAAAGGAGCUGCGCGGAUUGAGAGAAUUUGCUGAGACGGACGUUUUGCUGCUGCGAGACACGGUGAGAAGUGCGUUGCUAUGUCUCUGGUCCCGCAGUCCCGGGGUGGCGCUGAGGGUGUUGUGUGCAAUUGUGCAGCAUGACUCUGGUGUCGUCGAAGACAUUCCACUCUCUACACUUCUUGCGAACUUUAUGAGUCGUGAUGCGACGGAGCAGCUGGCUGCCCUUCACGUGAUUAAAUGCACUCUUUCACGGGCUGCAGAGGCGUAUGCGACGCUGCACGAUAUUUUCUCCGGCCACCUUUUCACUCUUAGUGCUCCGGUGCGUGUUGCUCUGUACUACCUGCUUGUGGAGCUCUUUCCCCUGCUCACCGCCGCGGAGAAGGAGAGUUUCAUGAAUGCCUUUUUGUCGCCGGACGCCAUGCAAAUAAUGUGUGGGAGCGAAGACACGAAUCUGGCUUUUUUUAAACUCGCUGUACGUGUGUACGAGGUGGCCCCGUCGUCCUUUUUGCUGGCGAGGGUGGCUGAGGGGCUGAAGGAGCCACUGCCGUCGGUACGGUUCAUGUUGCUUGAGUUUCUUGAUGCUCACGUGCUCCCGCGGGACUCUUACUUGUCCCGCCUGGCGGCUUUAAAGGAGGCCAUAACUCCGCAAACGGUGGGGCAUGAUGUGUGGUUGAAAAACGCCGCCGUUUUGACGCUUUCACUGUGCCAUACUGCGGGCGCGGCGUGCCCUGCCACGGGGAACUUGAUUGCCUCGCCCCCGUCCUUUGCUUUUCUCGGGCCGUGUUUCUUGAACGAUCCACUCAAAAGGCACGGUGUGUCACAUGAACUGUGUCCGCGUGCUUCGCGCGGGGGCUUGCCCGGGGCUCAUUCUGAGUCUGAGGAUUUAUUUCUUCAAAGGCAUCGAGAGGAGGGGGCUGAGAAGCCGGAGGCUUCAAUCACACGUGCUUUACCUGCUUGCAGCGAGGCCGAAUUCGUGGGAUUUCAGGUUCCGUCGGAGUCAUUUGUUGCCCCACUUCAAUUGCUGUGUAUGCAUGACACGGAGACAGCGCGGUGUUUUUUGGGGCACAUUGAGGGGAGCGUGGCCGUUUGA